AAGACUAUGACGUCAUGACGUGCUUGAGCCUGCCCGAAAAUGUUCUCCGGUGUUGUUGGAUUUCGAAGAAACGCAGGACUUUGCGAUGAAAUAAUACAUUCGCAUCCAUGAAGAACCGAAAAACAAACCGCGUGUUUGUAAUCUGAAGACAUUCUCCGUCCGACUGAGUCGUGAAACGGUCUCUUUUUGGAGACCCGAAGGGGAAAUUUGUCGGAUCGUUUUUCACGGAGGGAUGUCGAAUCCUGGGACUCGGAGGAACGGUUCCAGCAUCAAAAUCCGACUGACAGUAUUAUGUGCCAAGAACCUUGCAAAGAAAGACUUCUUUCGUCUACCCGAUCCUUUUGCCAAGGUUGUGGUGGACGGAUCAGGUCAAUGCCACUCGACAGACACAGUCAAGAGCACACUGGACCCCAAAUGGAAUCAGCACUACGACCUCUACAUUGGAAAAGCAGACUCAAUCACCAUCAGUAUAUGGAACCACAAGAAGAUCCAUAAACGACAAGGGGCAGGCUUCUUGGGGUGCAUUAGACUUCUUUCAAAUGCCAUCAGCAGACUAAAAGACACAGGAUACCAGCGACUAGAUCUUUGUAAACUGAACCCCUCAGACAGUGACGCAGUGCGGGGACAGAUUGUAGUGAGCCUGCAGACACGAGACCGCAUAGGUAGUGGAGGCCCUGUGGUGGACUGUCGAGGUCUAUUAGAAAAUGAUGGGCCUGUGUUAGAGGGAUGUUUCAGUGAAGAACCGCUGCCUUAUUCUGACCCCACUGGUGCCGCGGGUGGCGGGAACUGCCGUCUCGACUCACCCAGUCAAGAAAACCGUCUCCAGUCCCAGCGAAUCCGGGGGCAAGAUUCCCGAGGCCAUGGCCACACCCCUCAGAACAGACCUCAUGGGCACCAACCACCUGACCUGCCUGAAGGAUAUGAGCAGCGAACAACAGUGCAGGGCCAGGUGUACUUCCUUCACACACAGACAGGUGUCAGCACUUGGCAUGACCCUCGGAUACCAAGGGACCUGGCCAGUGUAAGCUGUGAGGAGCUUGGUCCAUUGCCAGUGGGCUGGGAGGUCCGAAGCACUGUGUCUGGACGCAUUUACUUUGUGGACCACAAUAACAGAACCACACAGUUCACAGACCCACGUCUACACACCAUCAUCAGCCAGCAAUCCCAAGUGAAGGAAUCCUCACAAGCCCCCCAGAUGGAUGUGGGGGUUGAAGAGGGCGGAGUUGGAGGAAUGGGCGGUGGUGUCGGUGGUGACGGGGAUGUGGCAGCACGCUAUGAGAGAGAUUUGGUCCACAAACUGAAACUGCUGCGUCACGAGCUUUCCCUGCAACAGCCCCAAGCAGGACACUGUCGCAUCGAGGUAUCUCGUGAAGAGAUAUUUGAGGAGUCGUAUCGGCAGAUAAUGAAGAUGAGGCCCAAAGAUCUGAAGAAGCGUCUCAUGGUUAAAUUCAGAGGAGAGGAAGGCUUGGACUAUGGCGGUGUGGCCAGGGAGUGGCUGUACCUGCUGUGUCAUGAAAUGUUGAACCCUUAUUACGGCCUCUUCCAGUACUCCACAGACAAUAUCUACACAUUACAGAUCAACCCUGACUCCUCCAUUAAUCCAGAUCACCUAUCAUAUUUCCACUUUGUGGGCCGUGUAAUGGGGCUGGCAGUUUUUCAUGGUCACUACAUCAACGGGAGCUUCACGCUGCCUUUCUACAAACAGCUGCUAGGCAAACCCAUACAGCUCAAUGAUCUGGAGACCACCGACCCAGAGUUGCACAAGAGUCUCGUCUGGAUAUUAGAGAACGACAUCACUUCAGUCCUGGACCACACAUUCUGUGUGGAGCAUAAUGCCUUUGGGAAGUUCCUACAACAUGAACUCAAACCUAACGGCCGUAACAUCCCUGUUACUGAGGAGAACAAGAAGGAAUAUGUGAGGCUUUAUGUGAACUGGAGGUUUAUGCGAGGAAUUGAAGCCCAGUUUCUGGCUCUCCAGAAGGGAUUUAGUGAGCUUAUCCCCCAACAUCUCCUAAAACCUUUCGACCAUAAAGAACUUGAGCUGAUCAUCGGUGGAUUGGGGAAAAUCGACUUGGCUGACUGGAAGACCAACACGCGCCUGAAGCACUGUACAAGUGAGAGCAAUGUGGUGCGGUGGUUCUGGCAGGCAGUGGAGGCGUUCAGUGAGGAGAGGAGAGGGCGCCUGCUCCAAUUUGUCACAGGCUCCACCCGGGUCCCGUUACAGGGGUUCAAAGCACUGCAGGGCUCUACAGGUUCUGCAGGACCAAGACUUUUUACCAUCCAUUUGAUAGACGCCAACACUGACAACUUGCCUAAGGCACACACGUGUUUUAACAGGAUAGACAUCCCCCCCUAUGAGUCUUACGAGAAACUUUAUGAGAAACUGCUGACUGCUGUGGAGGAGACCUGUGGCUUCGCUGUGGAGUGAAAACCCCUACAACCAAACCAACGUACACACAGUCACACUCGUGCUUGCACUUGCAUUCAACUCUUUGACUUUUUUUAAACGUACACAACAUGCACAGAACAUGGAAUAUGCACAGAGUAUGGAGGGUAACCCGUCGCUGCCCGAAAUGUUGGCAGUUAAGGAGGAAGCACAGCAAGGAAGACAAAUGAGAAAGAAAAACAAACAAACAGAAUUUCAGAUGUUUUGAAGAAGCAUUUUUAUCUUUUCAGUUUUAACAAGCUAUGAUGUCAAUUCCUUGGAAUGUCUACAACCACAGCGAACUCGUCACCAAUCAUGAGCCUGCAAACAGACACGGUGCAAUGAUGUCUGGGCGGAGAACAAAGCUGAGGCUGACUGUCUAUGUGUGAUGUCCUGAUUGACUGACUUGUACUCAUGCGUUCGCUUUUGACCACUGUCGCGUAUCCGAAUGUGUCUACGUACGUGUACAUGUGAGACAGCGUGCGUGCGUGCGUGGGCGGGCGGGCGUGGCAUGGCACCCGAUUACGCUGUCAAACGAUCAAAUGAGCCUGCUCCUCUCUCUGUUAGAUUACUUUUGUGUCUGUUCUGUUUGUAUGUACCUGCGACCACUCUGAUCCACUCUGAUGUUUUAUUAUUUAUUAAGUGAUUACUGACCAAGCUGCUAUAUGCUCUGCAAGGAGCUCACACUAAUCUGUUCGUCCCCUUUCGCAGAGUUCAUGGGUCAAUUCACUUCCAAUUCAAGUAAUCCACAAAGUGGGUUUUGAUUAAUUUCUUUACUUUUUUAACAUGCAUAUUAAUGCAAAUAUUCGUGUGAGUGUAUGUACACUAUGAAUGCAAUGGUAUGCUUAUUGAGGUGAAAGGGAUCAAUCUUCCAAGUCCUGAUUUUAAAAUCUUGCUCUACUGAGAGGUCAGGUGGCGCAGCGUUAUUCAUUUCUAAAUGAGCCGAGGAAAUGCAAAGGAAGAGUCAGCUUCAGGAAGGUUUUAUGUGACCUGUUUAAUAAAAGCUCAAACAUU